AUGUUCAAACCUAAAGAAAUAAAGUCCCGAGCGACGAAGGACAGGAAAGUCGGGAUAGUGGAGACGCACAACGGCCUGAAAUACCCCUUCCGGCUCAACUUCUACGACCGACCACCAACUGACGAUAUCACGAUUGAAGAGUUUGAGACGUUCGCGCUGGACCGGCUGCGCGUCCUCGCGGAGAUCGAAUCCUCGUAUGCGCGCAACCGGACGUUCGAGGAGCUCUUGAGUGUCAUACAGGCAAUCUGUUUGAAAUACCUACCACUCAAUGCCAAUAGCGCAAAAGAAAAACCUAGAGAUGAGGAGCGGCGGAAGGACCACAUCGGGCACUUCGUGCUUAGGCUCGCGUUCUGCCGGUCAGAGGAGCUGCGGCGCCGGUUCGUAAAGGCGGAGACGACGCUCUUCAAGAUUAGGUUCGAGAAGGACGAUCACGCUGAGAAGGAGCAGUUCUUGGGCUCGCGGGAUUUCGACUGGGUGCUCGCUACCAGUGAAGAGGUGCAGGGAUUCGACGCGCCCGGAAAGUACUACAAGGUGAAAUGGACGCGAGUGCCGGAUCUGGUCGAAAAGCGGCGCGUCGUUCUGAAAGGCGGUAUGGCGUACGUACCUGCCACAGAGCAGUCGAGCAUCGUAGUGCAAGAAUUCCAGACUCAUCUGGAGAAGGAUCUGGAGAUGACUGCGAAAGCCCUGCCGCGACUAGACGAAGACACGCGUCUCGUCCCUAUACUUGAUAACCUCUCAAAGGGCUUCCUCGCCGGCGUCUCGUCAGAAUGGAGCAACGCGUCCGCGGGAGCCGGCGACGGGCUCACGGCGGACAUGGUUGACGAAAUGGCGUUCAAGCACUUCCCGGCGUGUAUGCGCAACCUGCACAUGUGCUUGAGACGAGACAAGCAUUUGAAGCACUUUGGUCGCUUGCAGUAUGGCCUGUUCCUCAAGAUCCUAGGUCUCUCUAUCGAGGAGGCACUCGUGUUCUGGCGGAAGUCCUUCAGCAAGAUCCAGGACGACAAAUUCAACAAGGAGUACCGAUACAACAUUCGUCACUCUUACGGCCUGGAGGGGAAGCGCGCUAACUACGCGGCGAAAAGCUGCCAGCAGAUCCUCAUGUCGGACCAGCCUGGGCCCGGGGACUCGCACGGGUGCCCGUACCGACACUUCUCGGCAGACAACCUCCAGUCCGCAUUAUUGACGAUGUACGGCGAGCAGGGGCUGACGUCGGCGGACAUGCCGGAGAUCAUGCAGACGGUGAAGGCGGGGCACUUCCACGUCGCGUGCACGCGGGUGUUUGAGAUCACGCACGCGCGGCAGGGCGUUAAGAAGGGCGAUGGUGUCGGGGAGGGCGAGAGCGUGACGCACCCGAACCAGUACGCGGCGCGGAGCCGCGAGCUGGACAAGAAGGCGGAGGGCAAGGACGAGGACGGGGACGUGGUCAUGGCGUAGAGCGGACUGUGGUUGGAUUUCUCGCUAUACGUGUAUUUCUCCUGUACUAUGCUGUCGUUGUAUGUUUUGAUGUAUCCGCUAUGCCCGCAAACAUGUUUGUGCACA